AUGAUGUCGGGAACGGACAAGAGUGACCGUGAUUAUUACAGAUGGGGCCAGCGUGAUAAGCUUGAUAACGAGCUUGAUGGAGAGGGCCAAGCUCAGUUGAUCGAUUGCCAAACAAUCGACUUUUCAUAUAUGGGGGCUUCAAUGAAGCCUGAUCAUGAGAUCCAUGAAGACGGAAUGCUUGUUCUCGAUAUCAAUGAAGUACCCGCCCAGGAAGAAGACAUUCCUCAGAUGAUGGAUGAGAUCCCGCAAAACCACAAUCAGGCUGGCACUAGUAGCAUACUAGACAUGUAUUUGGAGCAACAAAGUUCAGAAGAGCCCUGGAAGGCAAGUGAAAACCGCAAGUAG